GGUCCCCACGGACAACGGCCCAACCACCGGGGAUCUACGCCAUGGAGAUCCCGACAACAAUGGAAGUGCGAUGCUGCGAAUUUCUGAGGAGCUGAACCAAUGGUUCCCGGCGACUUUCAGCCGUCUCCAUGUUGGAGACAGCACAACAUAUAGACAGGCCAAUGGGGCAGAGCACAGGAUCGACUACAUCUCCUUGGGUGGUGUCGCUGAACUGACAGGUGUUCGAAGCUGGGUGGAGCAGAAUUUCGACACUGCCAAUCCCAACGAAGACCACUCCCCGGACUAUGGGGUUGCCCUGAUGGUGCAACGGCAAGGCUUCCUCUACGAAAUGGUCUCAGCGGCAGUGCGUUUCGCUACCGCCAGAAUCAAGAAGGGUAUCAUGGAUGGCAAAGUGAAGUUCCUACAAGGACUCGCAGCGGCUGGGGGUGACAGAGCGGGGGACAUCCUCAAAAGAGCCAAGAAGCUUGGCCUGGGUGGAAAGGCCUCCGGGACCUUUGUCAGGCCGUUGCCUGUCUUGCUUGAUCACCGGGAAUGCCCAGCUGAGAAUGCGAGAGACCGGGACAAGAUAUGGCAGCGCCAUUUUGGGCAACAGGAGUUUGGGGAGGUGAUCCGUAUCGAGGACCUCAUCGCCAAGGACUCGAAGCUGCCCAAUAUCGACGCUGACUUGGAGUGGACCAUCAAGGACGCCUCCCCGGACUCAUACAGAUCGAUCUUUAUCUCUUCCCAUUUGGGGAAGAGCUACCACCGAUUGCUGCGGUCCCGAGCGAUGCCACAUGCGGCGGCAGCCCUGCACGAUUUCCAUCUAGGAGCCCGCCGACAGUCUCCGGUCACGUUCCCAGCGUUGUACAUUCAGGGACACCUCAGACAUUGCCGAGAUCAAGGACUCUCCUCCUCGGUGCUUUUUCUUGAUGUGCAGUCUGCCUACUAUCGAGUUAUCAGAGAGCUCUCGGUUGGUCACAUUGAGUCAGACGAGGCGGUGUGCCGGGUUUUCAGUUUCUUCCAGAUUGAGGAGGAGGAAGCCCAAGAGUUCCUG